AUGUCUUUCCUCCGAAAUUACUUCGGCCUGCCAGCCAGCGCCUAUGUCAACAGAGCCCCUGCCACUCCCGCUCCAGCUCCUGCUCCCCCUGCCAACUCUAGAAUCAACCCCUUGUGCGGCAAGCCCCAGAACGCCUCAAAUGAGACAGCUCCAGUGAGAGCUCUCCCUGCUUCAUGGUACAUCUCUGAGGAGAUGUACCAGCUUGAGAGACGCGCCAUCUUCUCCAAGAGGUGGCUUCUCACAACCCACAACAAGCGGGUCCCCAACAAUGGUGACUGGCAGCGUUAUCAGAUCGCCAACUUCCACUAUGUUGUCUGCCGAGACAACAAUGGCAAGAUCAACGCCUUCCACAUCACCCCGGAGCUUGAAGAGUUCAACAUCAAUGAGCAUGGUAUCCUCCCUAUUCACGUCCACAUUGACAAGAAGAACUUCAUCUGGGUCAACUUGGACGCCGGUGAGACUCCCGAGAUUGCCUGGUCAGAGGAGCUGGGAGGCGCCGAUGAGCAGCCGAGACUCGACAUGUACGACUGGGAGUCCUACGAGUACGACCACACCUGGGAGAUGGAGGGCGCCUACAACUGGAAGCUGCUGGGAGACAACUACAAUGAGUGCUACCACUGCCGCGUUUCCCACCCUGAUCUCAACGAUCUCGCAGACAUCAACACUUACGUUGUUGACCCUGUCAAGUCAUACUUGAUGCACUUCGGCAGCCCUACCCCAGAAAUGAUCGAGAAGGGUCUUCUGAUCGCCCCCACAUACUUCUUCCCCAACUCCUCCAUCAAUGUCUCAAAACACUUCUUCAUGAUGCAAAGAUUUAUCCCCACCGGUACCAACUCCUCCAUCAUGAGAUAUGAAGUCUACAGGAACAAGAACUCCCCUCGCGAGGAUUUCGAGCAGGUGGAUGCUAUGUACAAGCGGGUCAUGUCCGAGGACAAGGAGCUCGCCAUCGGUGCCCAGAACAACAUCCUCCGCGGUGUCUUCAUCAACGGCGAGCUGCACCCCGGCAUGGAGAAGGGCGCCCUCUGGUUUCAGAGCAGCGCACGAGACAUGGUCAAGGAACACCACGAGCGCGAGGUGGAAGCCGGUCGGGAGAUCUGGCCGGCUCAGCAGUCCAUGGCUCGCAUCAUCGCUGCCACUUCUGGCAAUGCAGCUCAGCUGGAGCCUGUGGAGGCUGUGAUCCGGCAAGCAAUUGCUGUUUAA